AUGAACGACGACGACAAAUACCGCAGAUAUGCGAAUAUCCCAAUUCCAACCUACGACGAGGCCAUACGCCCCUCAUCUUCCCAGACCCUUCGCGGAGCCCACGAGAUCAGCGACGAUGCAGAGAGGCAAGGCCUGUUGGGCGCGGAUGGAACGGAGUCGCGAAGCACAUAUCGGCCUCCUACAGCGGAGUCGCCACGAUCGAGCGAAGAUAGCGACCUGCGCAUGCCAGACCCGAUCGACGGCGACGACGACCGCAGACGGGUAGAAGAACUCGAUUAUCUCGACCCCAACACCCCAGACACCACACAAUCGGGCCUAUAUCAUCGAGCGCGAAUACGCUCCAAGUUCUCCCAACACUUGUCCAAUCUCGGCGCAACCCUUUCUUCUAUACGAUUGCCUUCUUUCCGCUCCAUCCCUACCGUUCCCCAGCAGUAUCGAAUAUCUGCGCCGACUGCAGCGAGACUGGUCGGGCUCAUGUCAAUCGCCAUUGUGAUAUAUGUCCUUUUCAUCCUGGAUGUAUUCCCUAACAACGCCAGAUACAUGGGGAUGCGCUUCGACCCAGAACAAGUGCGGCAGUAUGUCCAAGAACACGUCGAUCCUGCGCAGAUAGAGCAAUAUUUGUCACACAUAACCAGCUAUGACCACGUAGCGGGCACCGAGGGUGACUUAUUUUUGGCGGAAUGGAUGAAAGAGCAGUGGCGAGAACAAGGGAACUUGGACGAUGUAGCCUUAUUGAGCUAUUUUGUGUACCUGGAUUAUCCAAAAUUGGGUGGCAGGAGUGUUAAUCUGGUGAAGGGCAAGAACCGAGGCUGGAAGGCGAAGCUGGAGGAGGAGAUAAUAGACCCUUUCAAGCAGCAAACGCUGGCAUGGCAUGGACACAGUUUCAGUGGCAGCGCUGAAGGGCACCUGGUGUAUGCAAACGGCGGAGGUCUAGAAGAUUUUGCGUGGCUAAAAGAGAACGGCGUGAAUUUGAAUGGCAGCAUUGCGCUGAUGCGGUAUUACGGCACUCAAGGCGACCGAGCACUCAAGAUCAAAGCUGCAGAGGAUGCGGGCUGUAUAGGCGCACUGAUCUAUUCCGACCCAAGUGACGACGGCUCUGUGAAAGGACCAGUCUGGCCAGAUGGUCCUUGGAGGCCCAAUGACAGUCUACAACGCGGUGGUGUCAGCUUGAUGAGCUGGGUGGCUGGAGAUCCCCUGACACCGGGAUACGGGAGCACCAAGGACGCCAAGCGCUUGUCACAUGAGGAGAGCAAGGGUUUGGUAAAGAUCCCGUCUUUGCCGCUCGCAUGGCGUGAUGCCAAAGUGCUCUUGGAGAACCUCAAAGGGCGAGGCAAGCUGGUCCCGAAGGAUUGGGUCGGCGGAGACAAGGACUUUGCACAUGACUGGUACACUGGUGAUGAUGGCCACGAUGCACCGGUCGUUCGCAUGGAGAACGAUAAUGACUCCAACGACCAGCAGCAGAUAUGGAAUUUGCAUGGUUUGAUCGAAGGGCUGGAACAGCCCGAGAAAAAGAUCCUGAUUGGCAAUCACCGGGACUCCUGGUGCUUCGGUUCAGUCGAUCCGGGCAGCGGGAGCGCUGUCAUGAUGGAGAUGGUUCGCAUCUUCGGAGAGUUGCGCAGUCUUGGCUGGCGACCACUUCGCACAAUCGAGUUCGUCAGCUGGGAUGCCGAGGAGUACAACCUUGUCGGCAGCACCGAGUAUGUGGAGGACAACAUGGACUACCUGCGACAGAACGCUGUUGCAUACAUCAAUGUCGAUGUCGGCGUCUAUGGGCCCGAUCCUGUCUUUCAUGCUGCGGGAUCUCCGCUGUGGCAGCGGGCGCUCCUACAUGUCAUCGACCGGGUCAGUGUUCCAGACGGUAGCAAGACUUUGCGAGAGAUAUGGGACGCCAGUGGCAGCAGGCUCGAAGGUCUUGGCGCUGGUUCGGACUAUGUUGCGUUUCAGGACAUGGCGGGCACGACUUCCAUUGACUUCGGUUUCCAAGGUGCUUCCCAUGGAUACCCAUACCACUCUUGCUACGAGACCUUCGACUGGGUGAAGAAGUUCAGCGACCCUGACUUCUCCUGGCAUCGGACACUAGCGCAAGUGUGGGCUCUACUCAUCAUCGAGGUCGCCGAUCGCCCGCUCCUGCCAUUUGACCUGCGAACUUACGCUAGCGCAAUCGGUGGUGCUUACACCGAUGCUUUGCACCAAUAUGCUGAAGACCAGUUCAAGAAGCUGGGAAGCAAAGGCUCAAAGGAGCUGAAAGAUACCGGCUUCGACACAGCCUCGCUGAAGGAAGCUGCAGAGAAACUCAACGAUGUAGCAGAACACUUCCACCGCUUCGAAGACCACUGGACAGCCAACGUGCUCGGUACUGGUGGUCUGGAGUCAACACAGUUUGCGAUCCGGAGGAUGGAAUACAACAAUGCUUUGACCAAGUUCGAGACAGAUCUACUCGACCUACCUACGGGGUCAAAGGAUAAGGAACCCCACGGCGUGCCUGGUCGAGAGCAGUUCAAACACGUCAUCUUCGGACCUCAGACAUGGAGCGGAUAUGACGAGGCCUUCUUUCCAGCGGUGCGAGACGCUUUGGAUGUCGGCAACUUUACAGGAGCGCAAAUCCAGCUCGAGAAGGUCGUCAGAAUUUUGAGCAAAGCUACGCAAAACCUCAAGAAAGCUUAA